AUGGGCACGAUUCCGCAGCGCCUGCAGCGCUUCCUUGAGCGCCCCGGGCCGCUCGGUGACCUGCUGGGGCGGUUGGAAGCCCGCACCGGUGUCCAACGGCUCUACCUGGCCUCAGGUUCUGUGGUGUUCCUGGGGCUGUACCUCAUGUUUGGCUACGGUGCCUCCCUGCUCUGCAACCUCAUCGGCUUCACCUACCCUGCCUAUGCCUCCAUCAAAGCCAUUGAGAGCUCCAGCAAGGAAGAUGACACCACCUGGCUCACCUACUGGGUGGUCUAUGGUGUCUUCAGCAUAGCAGAAGCCUUCUCUGACCUCUUCCUCUACUGGUUCCCCUUCUACUAUGCUGGGAAGUGCCUGUUCCUGGUGUGGUGCAUGGCCCCUGUGACAUGGAAUGGAUCCCAGGUGCUCUACCAGAACUUCGUCCGGCCCUACUUCCUCAAGCACCACCAGGCUGUGGACAAUGUCUUGGGUGACCUGGGCACCAAAGCCCUGGAUGCAGCUUCUACUGUCACCAAAGAAGCCUCCAGAGCAGCCCUGAACAUCUCACAUGGAACGAAGCACGACUGAAAGAAGCCUCCGGUGGCCUCGGUACCGGCACUGUGACCCCGAGCCUGGGGCUUGUAUCCCUCUGGACUUGGAUUUGGGCCGGGGCCGCACCGCUGCUAUCCCCCCAAUAAA